UUUCACAUUUUCCAUAGUUACAAACUGAUAUAAACCCUAAAAACAUCCCUUUUAAAAACCACUUCCCUUCCAAAAACAUACCUCUUUCUCUUUCUCUCUAACCUCAAACGACAAAAACUUAUGGGACUUUCCGGCAAGACCCACCACCAGCUCAACGUCGAACUUCACGAAACUUCGGAGAAAUGGGCCAUAACUGGAAUCUCCUUACGUGGGCAGAUGAAGCCGAUUAGCCUCUCCUCAACUGCCGUAGCCGACACGGAAUAUGUCGACGUUCAUCAAGAUCAGUGGCCGACGACUCCAACGGCGGCUUCCUUUAGAAUACCGACGGUUUUUCCGUGUCCUCCGCCUCCAAAGAAACGAAAAGCAUCGUCGAAGUUUGGCUACAGCGGCGCUAGAGAAUUCUUCUCUCCACCGGAUCUCGAGACCGUCUUCAUACUUAAAGCAACAGCCCCUUGAUUCUAAUGAUAAUUAUCUCCUCUGUCUCUAACCUAUUUAGGUUUAUGAUAAAUCUUAUAUUCAUAAAAUCAGUUUCUUCCUUAGUUUAGCCGGUUACUCUUUAGCGCUUUCUUCGUUAAUUUCGAUUUAUACAAGGAAAAUAAUGUUAGGAGUUAGGACAGUAAUAUUUAAGGUUUGAAACUCUAUGUUCUUGUAUAAUUUGCUUUUUCAGUAAAACUGAUGGUUAUAUGA